GUUCUCUGAUUUCGAUACCAUAUCAGUUUUUUUUCUUGAGAAAGAAGAUUUAUGGAAGACAAGUAUGAAACUGUGAAGAUUAUUCAAGAUUCAUCAGCUUCUGGAGUUUUUAACCUAAUCAUAAACCGUCCAUCUGUUAGCAAUGCACUUUCACUCGACUUCUUCGCUGAAUUCCCCAGAGCUCUUCAUGCUCUCGACCAAAACCCUAACGUCGCCGUCGUCGUUCUUUCCGGGGCCGGAAAUCACUUCUGUGGAGGUCUCGACCUUAAGAGUCUCGCGGGUUUCAUCAACGAUAGCUCGGGAGAUCACGGCCGCAUCGGGGAGCGAUUACGGAGACAAAUCAAGUUCAUGCAAGAUGGUAUCACCGCCAUCGAGAGGUGUCGGAAACCGGUGAUCGCAGCUAUACACGGAGAGUGUCGGGGCACGGGGGUCGGUAUCGUGACGGCCUGUGACGUAAGGUACUGUAGUAAGGAUUCGUUUUUUUCUGUCAAGGAAGUGGACGUGGCUAUCGCCGCUGAUAUGGGUACCCUCCAGAGAUUACCUGGGAUAGUAGGGUUUGGGAACGCCAUGGAGUUGUCGUUGACGGCGAGGAGGUUCUCGGGUGAGGAAGCCAAGGAAAUGGGUCUGGUUUCCCGGGUUUUCGGGUCAAGGGAGGAGCUGAUGAAAGGUGUUCGCACCAUUGCAGAGGGAAUCGGCAGUAAGCCGCCGCUUGCGGUGGUGGGAACAAAAGCGGUGUUGAUAAGAAGCAGGGAUCUGAACGUGGAACAAGGGUUAGAGUAUGUUGCAACAUGGAACUCUUCCAUGCUUCUGUCUGAUGAUCUAACUCAGGCGAUUUCUGCUCAGAAACACAAAAGGAAACCUACUUAUGCUAAGCUUUGAAUCAUAAUGAUGUUGUUUCCCUUGUUGUUAAGUAGGAUUACAUUUAG